AUGAUUUUUCAGUACAACCGCUCGACCACGUCAAACACCGGGGCGUGGAACCCGUCAACCAUUGGUGCAUGGAACCCUGCGACACCUCGCGCAGUUAGCGCGUCACCUAUUGGCGCCAGGAAUCCUUCGACCAUUGGCGCGAGGAAUCCUUCAAAUACUGGCGCAUGGAACCCGUCAACCGUAGGCGCAUGGAACCCAAGGAAAUCAUCGGAAGUGGUCGUUCUGAAAAAUAAACCGCGAACGAAAAAAGUUCGAAAAAUUAUUCGACGAAAAUUGAAGCGUGUUCCUGGGAUCUCUAGAAAGGAUGAGACACGUAAGUUCCACAAAAUCAUCCGUAAGAAAGUCCGAAGAGUCGUUUCGCAUGCGACGUCGCUGCCAGAGGAAAAGGAGCCAAAAUUGGUUCGCGGUUUCGGAGAUUUCUCCAGAAGGUCUACAAUACCAACCAUAGAUUUCUCCAAAAUGGCAACAGUACCAGCCGCAGAGUUCUCCACAAUGGCAACAGUACCAACAGCAGAUUUCUCUAGCAUGGAAACAUUACCAGCCGCCCCGACAACAACGCCGUUGCCCACAUUGAUUCCCCAAGACGCUCAGGAGGUAAACUGUCCUAAUCUGUACUGA